GCUGAAGUGCGCUUACCUGGAAGUGGAGUUCAAACGAUCUCAUUUGAAGGUAAUCGGGGGCAAAGUUGGCAAGGCGAUAUUGCUAUUGACGAUGUGUCGGUCAUUGAUUGUGUUUCACCAACAACUCCUGCACCAAUUGUCUCAAGUUUUAAAUGCGACUUUGAAAAGGAUUGUGGGUUCAAACAACGAAAAGACGAUAAAUUCGAUUGGACAAGAAGACGGGGUCGUACAACGUCCUCCUCUACAGGACCUGAUACUGACCAUACUAGUAAAAAUGGUUAUUACAUGUACAUCGAGACGUCGUAUCCAAGAAGGAAUGGCGACAAAGCUGUUAUGGAGACAUCUGUCAGUGUAGGCAGUAACACUUGUUUGACAUUCUUCUAUCACAUGUAUGGRUWYMMUAUUGGUACACUUAACGUUCGUCUUGGUAAGUCAGUGGUGUUUACAAAGACUGGACCACAAGGAAACAAAUGGAUCAAGGCAGAAGUGAAGCUCGGGCAGUCUGGUACACAAAUGCUGUCGUUUGAGGGCAUACGUGGUAAAAGUUUCACUGGCGAUAUUGCCAUCGAUGAUAUCUCUGUAGGAACAUGCGGAGGCGCUGGAACUCCACCUCCACCUCCAACUCCACCAACACCAGGCCCCCCUCCAAGUGGAUCGUGUGGUACUCGUCCCCAUACCCGUAUUGUAGGAGGCACAGCAGCCAAACAUGGUGACUGGCCUUGGCAGGUACAGCUUCGUACGACUUCUGGCUUCCCGUACUGUGGUGGAUCGCUUAUUCAUCCCCAAUGGAUCCUGACAGCAACUCACUGUGUCAGUAGAAAGCAACCAAGUUCCAUCGUGAUCAGGUUUUUUUGUCAACAGAUCUCAUUUGAAGGAAUUCGGGGAAGUAGUUGGCAAGGCGAUAUUGCUAUUGACGAUGUGUCCAUCACUAAUUGCGCUGGUCCACCACCAACUCAGCCUCCAACUCCACCACCAACCCAGCCUCCGACACCUCCACCUCCAACGCAGCCCCCGACUCCACCACCACCAACGAGGCCACCAGCAGGUUUCAAAUGCGACUUUGAAAAGAGUUGUGGGUUUAUUCAACGAAAAGAUGACAAAUUUGAUUGGACAAGAAGAAAAGGUCGCACACCCUCGAGUCAAACAGGACCUGAUACUGACCAUACUAGCAAAAAUGGUUAUUACAUGUACAUCGAGACAUCUUCUCCAAGAAGAGAUGGCGACAAUGCUGUCAUUGAGACAUCGGUCAGUGUAGGAAGUAACACUUGUUUGACAUUCUUCUAUCACAUGUAUGGAUUCCAUAUUGGUACACUUAACGUUCGUCUUGGUAAGUCAGUGGUGUUUACAAAGACUGGACCACAAGGAAACAAAUGGAUCAAGGCAGAAGUUAAGCUCGGGCAGUCUGGUACACAAAUGCUGUCAUUUGAGGGCAUACGUGCAAAAGGGUAUUCYGGCGAUAUUGCGAUCGAUGAUAUUUCUGUAGGAACUUGCGGCAGCGUUAUUCCACCAACACAGCCACCAACUCAGGGACCUCCUCCACCUCCWGGAUCGUGUGGUACUCGUCCUCAUACCCGUAUUGUAGGAGGCACAGCAGCCAAACAUGGUGACUGGCCUUGGCAGGUACAGCUUCGUACGACUUCUGGCUUCCCGUACUGUGGYGGAUCGCUUAUUCAUCCCCAAUGGAUCCUGACAGCAACUCACUGUGUCAGUAGAAAGCAACCAAGUUCCAUCGUGAUCAGAUUGGGAGCUCAUCGACGUGUCAAUACAGUUGGUACCGAACAAGACAUUAGAGUUUCUAAAGUCAUCACUCACCCCAGUUAUCACAAACCAACGACGUACUCUCAUGACAUUGCUCUACUAAAACUGGAAAAACCAGCCCUGCUAAACAAGMAUGUCAACCUCGUUUGUCUUCCCGAUAAUGUCCCWGCGCCCACAGACGGCAAGCACUGCUGGAUCACAGGCUGGGGACGUUUGUCAUCAGGAGGUGCCACACCAGACUACCUUCAACAAGUAUCCGUGCCAAUUGCUAGCCGCGCUCGAUGUGAUAAAUCGUACCCUGGUAAGAUCCAUGAUUCUAUGAUCUGCGCAGGUCUUGACCAGGGAGGUAAAGAUUCGUGUCAGGGUGAUUCAGGUGGACCAAUGGUAUGUGAGACGGGUGGUAGGUUCUACGUUCAUGGGGCCACCAGUUGGGGCUACGGUUGUGCUUCUCCUGGUAAAUUUGGUGUUUAUGCCAAGGUGAAAUAUCUCUUACCAUGGAUCAAGAGUGAAAUGGCCAAAAACUAAGGAAAAACUCGUCUAAAUAGACACUGAUAAUUGUAGAUGAUUUAGUUCAUGAUUAAAAUGCAUUGAAAAAAGUG